UGCGUCCGAUGAGCCAAAUUCUGCUGCUGUUCCAUCAUCUGGGUCUGGUAAUGUCACUCCUAAUGAGAAGGACUUUGAAUCCAUAGUUGCUAGCACAUUAGGAAAGAUGCCACCAGAACUUGCUGCAAUGGCCAAAGAUCCAAAGAGGCAUGCUAAAUCCAAAGACCCUGGGUGGAAGUAUGGGUUCUGGCCAUAUGAAGGAAAGAGAGAUAUGGUGCAAUGCAUCUUCUGUAGAAAGGUGGUUCCUGCAGGAAUCAAGAGGUUCAAGCAACACAUUGCAGGUGGUUAUGGAGACGUCGAGAAGUGUCCAACUGCACCUGCAAUAGUAAGAAAAGAGAUGUACGAUUUUUUGAAGAAAAAUGCAAGGAAAGAACUGAACCUGCAGCAGGGAAGGGAAUGGGAUUGUGAAGCAGAUAGUGGAGGUGAAGUGCAGGAAACAUGUGCGGUGCCAAGCUCAGGGACUAGAAUUAAGGAAAGUAAUAGGAUGUUUGCUCGUUCUUACCUAGAUUCAGCUAAGCAGGGGUCACAAAAGUACAUGAAAAGUGUUAGUUCCAUGCUACAAAAGUCGCCGGAAGAUGUGGUUUCUGAGAGGCAUAGUUCAAGGAAUUCUCAAACUAGUAAAAUGGAGCAUUGCACAAAGAAAUCAAAGGAAGUUAAACAAAGAGUUGAUGAUCAUGUGGCAGAUUUCUUUUAUGAGAAUGGAAUUCCUUUGAAUGCUAUUAACCACUGCUGAUUGCUCUGAGGAUUGCUGAUGGGGAUGAAACACCUGCAGCUCCAGAAAUCAAGGCAGCAAUGGACACAGCAAAGCAGACUAUAAGGGAUUCAUUGGCUGAUAAGCCACAAUUGCUCAAUGAAGUGCUAACGCACUUUGACAGGAGGUGGGAGAAGCAAAUGGAGCAAAAGUUAUAUGGGGCUGCCCUUUUCCUAAACCCAGCCAAGUUUUUUGCAAUAAAAGAGAAAAGCGUAAGAGAUGCUGCAAGACUAAGGGCGAUGUUCAAUGAUGUGCUGUGGAAGAUGGUGCCUAAUGACGAUGAGCAAUGCAUUAUAAGCAAACAAGCAGAUGACUAUGAGAAGU